AAUAGUCUGUGAGAAGCUCUACUGUUCAUUGAGUAAAAUUUUGAUAGCACAACUUGGCAUGGGAGUUGUGACUGUUUCAAGCUCUGCAUCUCGAAGUCCAUUGGGAUUAAGCUCAAGGUUUUCGACUCGUUUAAGUCCGCUUAAAAGGCCAGUAAUUGUAUCGUUUAAAAAAGAUAAAACGAAGAAUACAACUUUAAUUGCACCUAAAGAAUCCAUAUCCUUGCCUAUUGAAACAUCUAAAGAAAAUGAAAAGAGGUCAAGACGAGUGUCUAAGCGUUCCGAGAGAGUGCAUGCUGUAGCGAUCGAAGCCUCUCCAAGUACGUUAGAAUUAGACUACAGUGAAGCUGCUGCCAAACUUGAAAGUAUCUACAAGCGCAGUCUGGAAACUGCUAGCUCCAAUACAGAAGUUCAGGAUCAUUUGGUGAAGAGAAGGCCAAGGACGAGGAAGAGGAUUGUAGAAGGUGAUGAGGAAGCGAAGAAAGAAGUUGCUGAUAAUGUGGUCAAAAAUCGUAGAAAGAAGUCAAAGAGGUUGAAUCUUGACCAGAGGAUUGCUUUACUAAAGAAUAAAGAAGGUGAAAUGGUUGCUUCAUCCGAAAGAAGAAAACUUAAAGAGGACACAGAAGAUGAAAAAAUUGAUAAGCUUGUCAGAGAAUAUUCAGGUGCUACUGACUUAGCAAGCUUAGACUGGAAGAAAAUGAAGAUCCCUCCAGUGCUUCCAUCAUCUGAGCAUGUGUGGCUCUUCAAGUUGAUGCAACCUAUGAAGGCAAUCCUACAAGUUAAAGAAAACUUGCAAAACGAUUUGGGGCGAGAACCAACUGAUGGUGAAGUGGCUGAGGUAACAAAUAUGGAUGCCUCUGAACUACGGAAAAAGCUGGAAGUUGGUCGAGCUGCUAGAAAUAAGCUGAUUAAGCACAAUCUACGACUUGUUUUGUUUGUUAUGAACAAAUAUUUUCAAGAUUUUGCAAAUGGGUCAAGAUUCCAAGACCUCUGUCAGGCAGGCGUCAAGGGUCUAAUCACAGCUAUUGACCGAUUUGAACCUAAUAGAAAAUUCAGGCUAUCAACCUAUGGUCUUUUUUGGAUAAGGCAUGCCAUAAUACGUUCUAUGACAACCUCAAGCUUCACCAAAGUUCCAUUCGGGCUUGAAUCUAUCAGAGUGGAAAUCCAGAAGGCCAAAUUGGAGUUGCUGUUUGAGCUUCAGAGGAUACCAACAGAUGAAGAAAUAAUUAAAAGAGUUGGACUUUCCCCUGAGAGAUACCAUGAAGUGAUGAAAGUAUCUAAACCUGUCUCCUCUCUCCAUGCAAGAAACAAGACAACCCAAGAAGAACUCAUCAAUGGAAUAACUGACGUAGAUGGUGUUGAUGGGGAUAAGAGGAAGCAGCCAGCUCUACUCAGGCUUGCUCUUGAUGAUGUGCUUGAUUCUCUUAAGCCCAAGGAGAGUCUAGUAAUCAGACAAAGAUAUGGACUUGAUGGCAAAGGUGAUAGAACAUUGGGAGAAAUUGCGGGUAACCUAAAUAUUUCGAGAGAGAUGGUACGGAAGCAUGAAGUUAAGGCUCUCAUGAAGCUCAAGCAUCCAACUCGAGUGGAUUAUGUUCGCCGGUACAUAUUCUAAAGAAAUCAACACCAUUUGAUCAUUGUAUUGGAGAAAAUUUAUACCCCUAUUCCUGUGUCAGCAAUCUUGCCCAUACUGUAUAGUAUAUAGUAGCUGCGUGUACACUAAUCUUUUCUACCACUAUAGUUGUAAUUACAUCCUCUUUCACUAGACUCAAAACCAAAUCUGUUAGUACACACCCUGUAAACAACUUAUAUUAUUUUCUUUUUCUCCUUA